AUCAAAGUAGACAAAUAAUUUUAAAAAGUUAUUUCUUCUGUAUUCAAUUUGAUCUCCUUGUUAAUUUUAUAGUAUUGAAUAUUAAUAAAACACCAUUAACAAGAAUCAAUAAUAAUUAUCACCUUAACGAAAUAUCGUUUUCAUGGCAAAAUACAUUUGUCGAAACGCUUAAUGUAAUCCUAAAGUUUUACUAAAUGCAUAUUUGACUUACGAGUUGCAGUUAAAUUUGCCAAUUAUCAACUCGGGCCUAUUAAGUUAUGUGGCAGCAGCAAUAGAUAUCACCACACAAAUGUUGAAAGUCAUACAGAUGAGCAUUCAAGCUUUUAUGGCUUUAGCUUCGAAGGUGUGGGCUUGUAUAUGUUUCCUCAUCAAACGUCAAAUAAAAACUGUUCGACAAUAUCAGCCGGUUAAAUAUGGAGUAUUUCCUCUUUUGCCAUUGUCCAGGCAUAGAUUAAGUAUGGUUAAACGAAAAGUUUUGGUGCUAGAUUUAGACGAAACAUUAAUUCAUUCUCACCACGAAGGUGUUUUACGACAUCCGUCCAAACCUGAAAUGCCACCAGAUUUUAUUUUAAAAGUUACCAUUGAGCGGCAUCCAGUACGAUUUUAUGUUCACAAAAGGCCGCAUGUAGAUUUUUUCUUAGAUGUUGUUUCAAAAUGGUACGAGUUGGUAGUAUUUACGGCUAGUAUGCAAAUAUAUGGCGCAGCAGUUGCCGAUAAGCUAGACAACCGUAGAGGAAUAUUAAAAAGACGAUUUUACAGACAACACUGCACACCCGAGAUGGGUUCCUAUACUAAAGAUCUGACGUCGGUUUCUAGUGAUCUAUCUAGUGUAUUCAUUCUUGACAAUUCACCCGCAGCGUAUCGAGCAUUUCCUGACAAUGCAAUUCCAAUUAAAUCGUGGUUCUCGGAUACGUCAGACACGGCAUUGUUGAACCUUUUACCCAUGUUAGAUGCGUUACGGUUCACGGACGAUGUGCGUAGUGUUCUUAGUAGAAAUUUACACAACCACAAUAUGUGGCAAUGAUCGUGUCGGUAACACACUAGAAAAUUUCUUUUCGAUAAAUAGUUUUUGACCUUUUUCACUUUUUCAGUCAUAUAUAUAUACGAAAAAAUAAUACAUCCAAAUUGACUUAAGAUAUUUGUAAUUUAAUAAUAAAUUAAUUUUCUUUCAUUUUGUAAA